CAUUAAUUGAACAGCAGCUUUAAAAUUUGGGGUAAAGUCCUUAAUUAAUGAGGGAAAUUAAUCGCUUUACUAUUAUAUUAUUAUUUUGAUAUUGUCGAUACUAGUGGUGGAAAGUAACUUACAUAAGUACUGUACUUGAAAACUACUUUUGUUUGAGUAUUUCCAUUUUCUAGUGUUCUUUAUUUUCUAUUUUCCCCCUACUACACUACUUUAUAUAUUUAAUACUAUAUGGUACAUAUCAUUACACAUAUAUCUUACUUAUUUGUAUUAUUAUGUUUUAAUACUCUUGAUAUGUAUUCCUUGUCUAUCCCUUAUUUAACACCAUUACGUUAACGCAAUAAUUCUUGUUGGAAAUCAAAUCUAAUCUGACAGAAUUGACCCACCUUCUCAAACACUCUGGAAACAAACACUACAAUCUUCACAAACAUGUUUGAUUGUUCCACACCAAGAACAAUCAAUCUGAUUCAUACAUCUGAUAAAAGUGGUCCACACCUGGAAAAUUUCAGAUAACUGAGUAAUAUAAGACAGGGAUUUUUUGUUGUGCUGUCUACAUUCUGACCAUUGCAGUGGUUUGCUGUCAAAUCCUCCUGGCUCUAAGGUUGCUCAUAUUUCUGCCAGAAUGAAGGCUAGUCACAAGUGUCUGCUUUUCUACCAUAUUUUGCUGUCUGUCAUCUUUUUGUGCCGUGGCACAAACGUGUUCUUCAAUGAUAAUGGAAACCUCGUACUCCCUGGGUCCUACAAUAUCCCAUGGAUGGCAGGCAUUCAGGAUUUCCGCACCUUGUCUCUCAUCACCAUCCCUGGUACCCAUGACAGCAUGGCCCUCUAUGGAGGCCCAGAGGACAAAUGCCAGGCUCUGUCCCUGAGGGAUCAGCUGAGGGUCGGUGUUCGUUUUCUGGAUCUCAAAGUGUUUGGACUGUUUGAUACCCUUUAUGUUAUGCACGGGGUGAUGUACCAGCAUAGCACUUUCAAGGAGGUCCUUGACACAGUAAGAGCCUUCUUGUCAGAGUUUCAGACUGAGGCUGUGCUCAUUAGAGUGCAACCAGAGUCUUUUGAGAAGAAAACAGUCAAUGAAAUGGUGCAGAGUCUGAUUGGCAAUGACCAACAUGUCUGGGUGACUUCUGGGAUGCCAAACAUGGGUCAAGUCAGGGGGAAAAUAGUCUUUCUGCAGAAGAGCACCUUCACUUUAGGAAUUCCCCUCAUAGAUACAAAUGGGAAAGGCAACAACAAGGUUAGCGACACUAAAGGUAAAGACAACAGAAUAAUCAAACAGCUGAACGAAGCCACUGAAGCCUGUGGAGGUGAUAAUGCUGUUCUGACUUACACAAGUGGCACUGGCUUUGGUACUUUCUGGGGAAUGUUUCUGACUCCAAAGAGAGUGGCUGAACAGGUUAACCCAUGGCUCAACCAAUACCUGAGGCAGUUUUACCCUAAUCAGCCCAGACCAUGCUUUGGUAUCAUUGCCAUGGACUUCCCUGGCAUUGACCUCAUUCAAACUGUUAUCAAUUUGAACUGGUGGUAGACAUUAAGCAGCUAGUUUGUCCUAUGUUUGAGAGAUUCAGAGAUAAAAUCUGCUGAGUGCAUUAUAAUAAAAUCCUUCCUGUA